AGGGCUUCCCACAAGCUCUUUGAAUCCCCCCCCUUCCAAAGAGCUUCGGCCUUUCCACCCAAUAAUGGCUGUCAUCACAGUUCACCAUCCCUUGACCUUUGCAUUUGGCCUCUUGGGCAACAUUAUAGGAAUCAUGGUUUACUUGGCACCAUUGCCGACAUUUUACAGGGUUUACAAAAAGAAAUCAACAGAAGGGUUCAAAUCCUUGCCUUAUGUUGUGGCACUCUUUAGUGCCAUGUUGUGGCUCUACUAUUCCCUUCUCAAGAUUGAUGCUUACCUUCUCAUCACCAUCAACAGUGUUGGAUGUGUCAUAGAGCUCAUGUACAUAGCCAUGUUCUUGGCUUAUGCACCCAAGAAAGCAAAGAUGUUGACAGCGACGCUCCUCUUGUUAUUGAAUGUGGUAGUUUUUGCUGUGAUUGUUCUGUUCACAUUCUUAUUCGCAAAGGACUCCAAACGCGUUGGUAUCCUCGGCUGGAUUUGUGCCUCUUUCUCAGUUAGUGUCUUUGCUGCUCCAUUAAGUGUCAUGAGAUCAGUGAUCCGGACAAAGAGUGUGGAAUUCAUGCCCUUUUAUUUAUCGUUAUUUCUCACUCUCAGUGCCGUUACAUGGUUCACUUAUGGCCUCUGCUUGAAGGACUAUUUUGUAGCCUUGCCAAACGUGCUAGGCUUCCUCUUCGGAAUUAUUCAAAUGUUUCUUCAUGCAAAAUAUGGUCAUGCCAAGAAUGUCAUAGUGAUUGAUGAGAACCUUCCUGAGAAACACAUUGACAUUGUGAAGCUUGGGGCUCCCACGAAUCCAGAGGUGCACCCAAUUGUUUCACCACCACCGUCAGAUGAGGGCACGUGUAAGCCAUCGGAAGCAAUCGCAUGCGAUGUAUAGAUUCCACGAUGGUGCAACUUCAUGAAUAUGCCAAGGAUAAUCUAAACCCUUCAUGUCAGAAAUUAGGAUAAUCUAAACCCUUGUAUUUCUAUGUUUAGUUUUGUUUUAUCAGUGAUGAAGCGUUUAAUCAACAAAGAAGAGUCUAUAGUAUUUAAUUAUGUUACAUUUACCCUUUGAA